CGCCUCGAAAUCCCGUAAGGUCUUCGGCAGGAAAUAGGCCCAACCUCGUAAUCAAUCUAUGAGCCACGAGAUGCGGAGCGAGGAGAUUCGGGUCCUUACGCCUGGUUUAUGGCCAGCAUCUUUUGAUUGAGAGUCUGCAGAAAGCUCCCACAUUCCAGAUGGUUCGCUCGGUGUAGGAAUUCCGAGCAGUCGCUUGAUUGAUCCGAGAAAGAUUUGCUCCUGCAAGGCUGAGUUACCGAUAGUCAAGCCUGCUGGUAAGCAUCGCAUCAUGGGUUGUUCUGUGUCACCGGAGUGGAGAGAAAGUGAUGGCAUUAUCGAUGGUGCAGCUGGUUUUUAGAGGAGGAGCGAGGCACGGAAUGUUUGAACGAGUUUCAUUUCAUAUACAAUCUGUCCGUGAGAAUUGUAUAGGGGAGCUUGUGUGAAGCAGCUGAGGGUCGCUGUCAGAUUGAAAGUUCAUGAAGCGGUCCGGGGAAGGAAAUGCAAAUGCACAUUGGAGUAGUUCGAGACGGGGGCCCUGGGAUGGCUGAAAACUGUGUUGGAAGUUUCUGCAAAAGCAGUCGCAACGCGGAAGGUGGCUAAAGGAGUGUUGUUCGGAAGGUCCUCUGAGUAGUAGACUGGUGCUUCAGCAUCUGAGGACACACCGAGAAGGUCAAUUUUACAGUGAAACACGAGGUUAAAUGUAGAUGUGGAAGAAGUGAUUCAGUUGAAUUGGCAGGGUACCAUGUACAGAGUCCGCAAUGGCUCCAGGAACAAUCAGACUCUCUGUGGUCUCCGGUGUAAUGAGUGGUUUAGAAGGAGUCUAUGAUACCAAGAAGCGAAUUACCGUUGGUAGGGUGCGAGUUAACAAAUUUCAGCUUAAAGCGGAUACAGUUUCCUCGAAGCAUGCUGUCAUUGCACAUGCGGAUGGUAGAUGGUUCAUCACAGACUGUGACAGCUCGAACGGGACGUCAGUUAAUGGAAUUUCAGUCAUUCCAGGAACUCCAGUAGAGUUAAAAGACGGUGACACGCUUAUAGUGGGAGUUGGAAGCGACAACAUCGUAAAGGUAAAAAUUGAGACGCAAGGGGCUGUCGAUGUGCAUGUCCAAAAUGAUUCAAUUGUAAAGAAAUCCGCUCUGUCCACUUUGACCGUGAAACAAUGGAUUGAGGAAGAAAUGGAAAGAUUAUCAGCGGAAACGGAAGCUUUGGCGGAAGCAGUUCUGAGAGGGCUGGCCGAGUCUGCUGAGCAAGUGAAGAAAGAUGCCUGUUCAAACGCUGGAGUGGAUUGAACUCUGCUAUGCCGUCCGCUACAUUCUUUCCACAAAUGAACAUGUUCAUCUUUUUAUCAAUAUUCUGCGAGCCAACCGAGAGUAUGGCCGUUCGAAAUGUACUUAUUAAAGGAAGUGUGCUCUAUACGGCGUUUAUAUUGUACUUAGUCAAAGCCAUUUAAUCCGAGUAAGUUGAAAUGCCGGUAGUGUAAGGUCGGCAGGAGUUUUGUCUGGAACAGACAUAUCCAGGAGAUUAGAUAUCUUCAGAUUUGAUAUGUCUGCAACUGAAAAUUAAUGUAAGCUUCGGGUCGUUUCCCUACGUCUUUUCUCUUCAUGUAUCGGGUUUGUAUCUGACUUUCUAUCGAGAACAGGCCG